ACACCGGGCCGCCGGUGGCAGUAGAUACGUGUUCCCCGCGGUGACAGGUGGCCCGCCGCCCUCACGCAAGUAACUCGCGUUCGCGAAACCGUCGCUUUUGUUUAUAACACUUGUUGUGCUCCCGGUUCGAUGACAACCAGCGGGGGAGUUUCCUAAAGUUCGUUUUGAAACUUGGAAUGUGAACUUUCAGUGUCGUGAAGUGUUUGGGGAAAACUAAACGGCGCGAUUAGUCAUGUUAACAAGUACGAUUAAAGUGAGAUUAUUAACAUAACUUUGAAGAUUUUGAUUGACAUAGUUCCAGCAUGGACUUAGCUGGUGUGAUCGAGUCGAGUUCUCAACAAAUUUAGUCACCGGCGCCAGGCGCACGCAGCACGAUGAUGGACUGCCUGUGCCCCGCGCCGCGCACGCUGGCCUGCCGCGUCGUGCUGCUGGAUGAGCGAGAACUACUCCACGAAAUACAGGAUAACAGUACGGGGCAGGCACUCUUGGACGUGGUUUUCCGGCAUCUAGACCUCCUGGAAACAGCCUACUUCGGGCUGCGAUAUGUUGACCAGGACAAUCAAACUCACUGGUUGGACGCCGGGAAGCGCCUGCGUCGGCAGCUGCGCGGCUCUGACCCGCACACCUUCUACUUCGGAGUCAAGUUCUACGCCGCUGACCCUUGCAAGCUACUGGAGGAGAUCACGAGGUACCAGUUGUUCCUGCAAGUGAAGCAAGACGUGCUCCGCGGCCGGCUGCCCGUCAACUUCGACCUCGCCGCCGAGCUGGCAGCCUUUGUGCUACAAUCGGAGCUUGGUGACUACGAUCCUCGUCGGCACGUGUCCGGCUACGUGUCGGAGUUUCGGUUUCUGGCUCACCAAACCCCUGAACUGGAGGCCCGCGCUGCCGACAUCCACCGUACGCUCACCGGCAUUUCGCCGGCGCAAGCUGAACUGAGUUACCUGGAUAAAGUGAAAUGGCUCGACAUGUAUGGCGUCGAUUUGCACCCCGUUCUGGGUGAAGACAGCGUAGAAUAUUUCCUCGGCCUGGCGCCCAGCGGGCUGCUACUACUGAAAGGAAAACACACCGUCGCUAACUAUUACUGGCCGCGCGUCUCCAAGUUGUAUUACAAGGGGCGUUACUUCAUGCUUCGCGUAGCGGACAAAAAUAAUGAGACGUCAACAUACGGCUUCGAGUCUCCAACGCGCUCGGCCUGCCGGCACCUGUGGCGAUGCUGCUCCGACCACCACGCCUUCUUCCGCCUCCAACAGACUUCGCCAGCCUCCGCCGACAUCUUUGCUUUAGGAACUCGGCUGAGAAACAGCGGGAGAGGAGCCCGGCCGAGGCCGCCGCCAGCCUUCACACGCACGCCGUCGCGGCGUAUCGCGCGGCCUCCACACGCCUCCAUGCACGACGUGCACAAACUAGAAGACUUGAGAAUAAAAGACUGUCCCCCGGAAAUUAAACAACCUACCUCAAUACACCGCCCCAUUUCCAUGAGCGUCGAAGGGACGUUAGAGCCGGCGCCAGCACCAGGCUCGCCGCGGUCGACGCGCUCAGCCCCGGCACGGCGAGGGCUGUACUCGGCGUCGCCCAGCGCCACGCGACCACCACCAGCACCCCGCCACCGCUCUGCAUCCGUCGACUCGCAGAGCUCCAACGACUCGCGAUCCAACCGCAGGCAUAAGCACCGGUCACGAAGACAGCAGUCGGACGCCGAGAGUGAAAUGUCGCGCGGUUCAGGACGCUCGGGGCGGCGGCACCGGCGGCACCGCUCGCGCCACAAGCACGAGUCCGGCUCAGAACACGACUCGCAACCCGAUACCAAAGAAUACGAGCUGGUGGAAUCUGAGUCCCAGUGGAAGGAGGUACUGAGACAGACGACCGCCGGCAGCGGCGUUCAAGUUGCCAACGUUCGUCGUUCACAAAUGGAACCAGAAACAGGAACGCACCGAUCGUCCCACAAACACAGAAGGCACAGGAAACAUCGGUCUCGGUCUGGAUCUCCGAACGAUAAGAAAUGGCUGCCUAGCGAGCUGAAGCAACACCUAGAAUUUUCACUGGUCGAUACGGCGGGCAUGACGGAGGAACAACUCAAGGAGAUCCCCUACACCGUGGUACAGACUAGCCACGCGCGGCAGACCAAACUAAGGACCUCCUCGCGGCAUAGACAGACGGAACACGGGUCAUUAGCGAGGCGAGAGAAGAGUUCCUUAACUCACAGCAAGAGCGCCCAUGACAACCAUAACCAAGGAUCCCUCCGAUCAAGCUCGAGCACCCUCAGCACGCACCGAACCGGCAUCGAGAAAUACGGAAGGCGUGUAUACCCGAGCUACGACGAGACCGUCGGCCGGAAUGGAGAUGACUUCUUAACAAACAACGGAUAUAAAGGCAACGUGACGCCUGUCUCGAACAACAACAACCCUUACAGCCCAGUGACAAAUAGCAAUAGCAACAGCUCAAGCGGAGAAUUGAUAUCAGGGAGCGCGCGGGUCUCCCACGAACACACCGACUCGGGCCUGGGGGCCGAUCAGGAUUACGCCUAUUCUUCCGAAAGGUCGAGCGACAGCGCGAAGUGCGGCGCACCGGUGUCGGCGGCGCCAGUGAGUAGGCAGUGGCGCGUGGCGGAGGGGCCGGGCGGCGCGGCGGUGGCGCGGCGGCCGCCGACGGCGCCGCGCGCGCGCAGCUCGGCGACGGGCUCGCAGCGCUCGCUGCUGUCCGUGGCCAGCGACAGCGCCACCUCGCGCCGCCCGCGCGAGCUCCUCCCUCGCUACUACCCCCAUCCUGCGGACACGGGCUUUUCUCUCUUCAGACAUGCUAGCAACAACAACAUAUUGGUCGGCGAGCCGGGCGGGUCGCUGGCGCGGCGGCACGGGCCGAGGCCGCAGCCGCGCGCGCCGCGGGACUCCCGCGAGGCGCGCGACCACAACGCCAACCUGGCGCGCACGCACGCGCGCAUCCACCGCCACGACAACACCCUCGACAUUAUCCUUAAGCCUCUCAUAGAAAGCACGCAGCUGCAGAGCAACUGAAUUCUUCGAGCGAGGCGCCCGGGGGCUCGGGCGCGGACGGGCCGCCGCCGGCCGGCGCCAAAACUUCGGCCACGGCUGAAAUGAGCACCGAGCUGUGAACCGGCUUAAUUCUAUACUUAGUAUAUUAAUAUAUUGUGAAUAUUCAAUUGUGUUUUUCCAAAAUGUAUGUUAACGUAUGUUUAUAUUUUAUUUUAUUGUCUAUAAGUAAUUCUCAUUAUGUUUAAAAAAAUCUUAUUAGGUAAAGCAUGAAGCUCACAUCAGUAUUUAUGUUUGUGUUGUGUACAGGAUUUUGUUUUAAUUCGUAAAUAGACAGAUUUAUUUUAUGUUUAUAUCUUGAACUAAUUUUAAACUAUUCAAUGAUACCCAUCCAAGAUUGUGACAAUUUAAGUAUAUAAAAUCUCAAUUAUAUAAGAUCUGUGCCAAAGACUUGUUCUUACUCUUUACUUCUGGUUACUAGACGUUGUUACUAUGCUCAGAUUUAAUAAGGUGUAAUUUAUUCGUCUUAUUCGGGAUAUCAAAUUUACACAUAUUUUCUUUACAUUCAAACUUAUAUUAUUUUUAAGUGAAAUGAUAUUUUUUCGUGAAAAAGACGGGUAUUAUUAUGUACUAGGUACUUAUUAUCACUAUUAUCAGUUUCACUGAACAAGUAUUGAACCAUGUACAGUUGUUAUGUAGAUUAGUAUUUUUGGAAUAACGAACAAAUGUGUGAAGUGUGAACAUGUUCACCAAUAUAAGUAAUAUAAAGUAACUAUCAGUAAUCUUUUUCUAGUAAUUGAUUUACAUGUAAAUGAUACUAAUGGAGCGGUGAAGCAUUAGGUUUGAAGUUCGUAUGCUUGUGUUUGUUGACUACAAAAGUUAUUUCAACACGUUCACUGUCCCCAUACAACAUAAUAUGAUAAAGUCACACGUCCAGGUAUGCUUUGACUUUGAAGUUGGAAACCCAUAGUGGAAGCACGGACUCCUGAUAAAAACCCGGACAGGAAACGCGUUAAAGUACCUAUCUCCACACAAGAAAAUCAUAAUAUGUACCUAAUUCUGGAUGUUAUAAAAUAAUUGGUAAGCGCAAGUCACAAGUAUGUUAGAGUAAGGGGGUCAAUUGGUAGGGGAAAGUGGUCAGACUGAAACCCACUAAACCCGAAAAUUUGUAUCCAAUUACAGUUUUAUAUGUAUUUUUUCAAAACUGUUCCGAUUGUCCACAAUAAACAUUACUAUUUGGAA